GCAAGUGGUAGUGGGUUGUAAUAAAAGCGUGUCUUGAUUUGAUUUAUGUGGAAAGUAAAAAGUUGAAGGGGAAAAGAAAAAAAAAUCCAUUUAUUCAUUCAUUCCGUUCUUUUCUUUUUCCGGCUGCAUCCGCAUCUCCCAAGAACCGCAACCAUUGAUGCCCUGUGGCGGUGAUCCCAAUCCUCUCUCUUCCUCUGGAAAUGCCGACCAGUUUUGUCCCUUCUCACAGACCGGAGCUUCUCACCGCCGCCGUCGCUGUGGUUGCUAUCGGCGUUGCCACUGCCUACUAUUUCUACAUCACCAAGAAAUCCAAACCCAAAGCUUGCUUGGACCCUGAUAACUUCAAGGAAUUUAAACUAGCUAAACGCACACAGCUUAGCCAUAAUGUAGCGAAGUUCAGAUUCUCUCUUCCGACGCCAACCUCAAUCUUGGGCCUGCCGAUUGGGCAGCAUAUCAGCUGCAGAGGAAAAGAUAGCGAAGGUGAAGAUGUUGUCAAACCUUACACUCCAACCACUUUGGACACAGAUGUUGGAUACUUUGAUUUGGUCAUAAAGAUGUAUCCACAAGGAAGGAUGUCCCACCACUUUCGUGAGAUGCGUGAAGGUGAUUACUUGGCUGUGAAAGGUCCAAAGGGACGAUUCAAGUAUGAACCUAAUGAAGUUGAGGCCUUUGGAAUGCUUGCUGGAGGUACAGGCAUAACACCUAUGUUCCAGGUUGCAAGAGCAAUACUAGAAAAUCCCGUGGAUCGCACCAAUGUGCAUCUUAUAUAUGCAAAUGUUACUUACGAAGACAUUCUUCUAAAGGAAGAAUUGGAUAGUUUUGCGACUAGGUUUCCAACCCGCUUUACUAUCUACUAUGUGCUCAAUCAGCCUCCUGAAGGAUGGGAUGGUGGCGUUGGCUUUGUAACUGAGCAAAUGAUACGACUACACUGCCCUGCUCCAUCACCUAAUGUUCGAAUUUUGAGGUGUGGACCACCCCCCAUGAACAAAGCUAUGGCUGCUUACCUCCAAUCUAUUGGCUACACUUCCCAAAUGCAGUUCCAGUUCUAAUCCAACUCCAACCCCAUGAUUAUUCAGAUUCGUUUUCGGGAAAAUUGCACAAACCACCCCUGAGUUAUGGGGUUGGUUACAAUCACACCAAUGAACUUUCAAUUUGAGCAAUUAUCUCCUCCUAAUUUCUCAAUGGUUGCAAUUAGCCUCUUUUGUUAAAUUAAUAUUUAUUUAUAGAUAACUCACAUAUAAGGAGGGCAAACUUGUGAUUUAUUAUCAUUAUUAUUAUUUUAAAAAAGGCAACGUCCAGAUGAAGAUUGGGCAUUCCAUGUUCA